AUAAUUUUGAUCAUUCGUAACCGCCACUGUAAAACGUUUCUGUGCUUUCCAAGUCCAAGAAAAUGCCGCCAGCACAAACUGCACUUCUGUUAUUUCUACAAAGUUUGUGCUGUUGUCUUGCAGAGUAUCAUCCUCCACUAGUACCAGGUCCCCACGUUAGCUCGACACCUCCGCCUAGCGAGACAAAGCUCACGACCCCUCCCCCAAAGAAACAUCCUGUGGUAAAAGACUUGACUAAAGCAAAGGCAUGGGUAGGUUGUGGUCAGGAUCCCGCGGAGGUCUGUGGAGGAGUUUACGUGGAGAUGGAACGAUUACCAAAAGAAUUAGAAAAGCUGAUUAUAUCUUACAACAACGACAACAUCAACAACAACAACGACGGAGACAACAACAGCAGCAACGACUUUUCUUUAAAUGGUGGAAAAUUUGACGACGAAUUUCAAAACGCGGAGGAGCUUUCAGACUUUACCAACGGCAGCAAUGGUUUCUGGGAAAACAUCGACGACGGAAUUCACCUUCACGACGCUGGUAGCGAAGAAGAGAAUAGAUUAAUCAAGAAGAAAUUAAAAUCGAUUUACGAGUACGAAGUUACUACGGAGGAUAAUACCCACGAGCCUGUGACAAUACCGACUAAAAAUAAAUACGUUCAGCAUUGGCACUACGGGUUUAUUUAUGGACGCAAAAAAGCCACACGAUUUCAGUCGCCCGAGGAAAUGUAUUACGAAGAUGUUGAAGAGGAUUUUGAGAGCAACUGGGAAAGCUUGAUGCACAAUUAGCUUUCCAUAACGUUAAGAGGACUGGAAAAAAUACAGCAAUCAGGGGCUCAUUAAUGGGGGCAGUUAUUUUAUUAGUAUCAUAUUUGUGUCGCGGCGUUUUUUAUUGAAAUAUUUUUAGAUACGCGCGCACUAACAGGCCAUUCCGCUACUUUGACAUGGGUGGAGAGGACUUAUCACGCAUUAGAGUCUUUGCCUCGUACUCAGGCGUCUUUUUACAAUACAUUGCAUUACAUUACUAUUAAGUCAAAGGAUUUUUUAGGGCAGAGGUUCUGAGGGCAAGGCAAUCAUAUACAUAACGCCCUACUCAGGCCGCUAUGUCAUUUGUCGGUGAAAAUAUGAUAUUGGCUUUUCGGGCCUCGAACCAGAGGGUAGACACAUAUAUAAUAUCGUGGCCAUCUUUUUAGCGUAAUGACCAGCAAUAUGAACUUAAUAACUACCGAGUCAUAGUUUGUGUACAUGGUUUUUCCAGUGGUUAUUAAUAUCAGAGCUCUCUUUUUAACAA